AUGGCGGCCAACGUAACAGCAGAGGCUGCAGUUAUGGCGGCGAGGCAGUCGCUGUUCGGGUGGGUGGACCACGCGGCAUUCGCGCUCAUGCUGACGCUCUCCGUCGUCAUCGGCCUCUACUUCGGCAUCUGCGGCCGCGCCAGGAACACCGCCAAGGUGGACUACCUGCACGGCGGCAAGACGAUGAGGGUGCUCCCCGUCGCUGUCUCGCAGAUCUCAAGUCACAUAUCUGGUACCACGCUGAUGGGUGUGCCUUCAGAGGUUUACCUGUAUGGCGGGGUGUACACGUGGAUUUGCGUUACCAUAAUUCUCUUCUCUAUAGUCACCAACUUCAUCUUCCUCCCCGUCUUCUAUGAGCUUCAACUCACAUCAACAUACGAGUAUCUGGAACGUCGCUUCAGUCGAAUCAUCCGUGUUGUGGCAUCAGCUUUGUUCACUCUCAGCCUGGUGCUACAUAUGCCGCUUUACGUCUACAUGCCAGCCAUUGCUCUCAGCCAAGUCUCUGGAGUGAACGUCCACUGGAUCACACCGCUUGUCUGCGUGAUAUGCAUUUUCUACACUAUGUUGGGCGGCCUGAAGGCGGUGGUGUGGACGGACUUCCUGCAGAGCGGCGUCACGCUGGCGGCCUUCAUAGCGGUGCUCGUCAUAGGGCUGGUGGGCGCUGGCGGCUUCUCGCAGGUGUGGCAGGCGGCCAGCGAGGGCGGCCGCACAGACAUCUUCGUGAUGACUCCGGACCCAUUCGUCCGCAGCUCGUUCUGGACUGUGGUUUUCGGCGCUACAGCUUCCUGGGUAGGCGGGUGCACCAUCAAUCAGGGGAUGGUACAGAAGUUUCUGUCGCUGCCCACCAUGGCAGCUGCUCGGAAGUCUCUGGCGGGAUUCACUUUCGGGAUAAUGCUGAUGAACCUCAUUAGCAUUUACUGCGGCUUUUUGAUAUACGCAGCGUAUCAAGACUGCGACCCAAUUACGACUAAAGAGAUAUCUCGUCCAGACCAGCUGCUGCCCUUCUACGUGAUGAGUGUGGCUGGACACGUCCCAGGAUUGCCGGGGCUCUUCGUUGCUGGAAUAUUUGGAGCCGCACUUAGUUCCAUGUCUGGUUGCCUUAACGCGCUAUCCGGGACAAUCUACGAGGAUUUCCUGCUACCUCUGAUGCCUGGCAAGAAGUCGGACGUCGUGGUGAACCUUAUAAUGCAAAGCAUCGUACUGGUUGUGGGCGCAGUCACCGUAGCGUUGGUGUUCGUCGUCGAGAAGCUUGGCACCGUACUUGAGCUGGGAUACAGUAUCGCCGGUGUGACGAAUGGAGCUUUGCUGGGACUCUUCACACUUGGGAUGCUGGUGCCGUCAGCAAACACCAAGGGUGCUGUGGUCGGCAGCCUAUUGGGUAUGGCGGUGGUGACAGUCAUUCUGACAGGGGCGCAACAUGCGCACGCCAUGGGCCGCAUCAGGUACCCUCCGCUACCCACCUCCGUCGAAGGCUGCGCUGCCAACUUCACGUCCGUCAUCGAAACUGUCGCCACAUCGAGUACUCCGAGCCCAGCGACAGACGAGGUACCGCUACUGUUCCGGCUGUCGUACAUGUACUACACACUGGUGGGCGCUGUCGUCAUGGUGACGGUGGGCUGGGCGGUCAGCCAGCUGACGGGUCCCCUCAGGCCGGGGGACGUGGAGCCGUCGCUGCUGGCGCCCAUGGUCCGUCCUAAACAGAGGCGCCGAGAAGAUGGCGCCGCCGACGCCGACCCGGUGGUGAAAGUGGAGCUGCUCCAGAAGGCGAAGCAGCAGUCUGAGACACUCGGAGCGGCCUAA